AUGAACCUUCCUAGCUCUCACAUUCCGAAUCGGCAGGGCAGCCGCAGAGGCAGCGGCAGCGGCGUCAUGUCUCUGAUCCCGACUCGCGAUCUUCGCUGCACCUCACCUUCCCAGAAAGCUGCCGCUGCCGCUGCCACUGUCACCACCACUCCCUCCACUACUCCCUCCAAAUCCAAACGAGUGCGGACAGGUUGUCUAACAUGCAGAAAACGCCAUCUUAAAUGCGACGAGGCGUUCCCUGACUGUCUACAUUGUCUCAAAAGCAACAGACAAUGCAAGCGCGGGCUGCGAGUCAACUUCAUAGACUUACAGGUCGGCCAACCGCCGCCUUCGCUUCCCCGAUCCGCUGACUGGUCCGUGCGUUUCCGCGACGAAUCUAGGCAUAUCGCCUCGGGUUACGUGGGUGGUCUGAGGAGGUAUGCUCACCUACCACCCGAUCCAGAUGCUUCGACAUCUCGUGGUCGACAGGUCAACGCCAGUCCCGGACAGCAGCAGCAGCAGCAGCAGCAGCAACAUCAACAUCACCCCUCCUCAUACCUCAACACACAGUAUAACCACCAACCCGCGGAUUCCAACCCUUCACCGGACUCCACUGCCAACAACUUUCCUCUCAUGCCUUCACUUCCACUUCCAGCCAUUACUCCCAUGCACGGCUACUCGUCUCAGAUGUUCACUUCCGAGCCGCGUUGUCCUCCCCCCCAGAACGAGCCUUCGUUUCCCACACCGCAGCCCUCAUCUCACACGGGGCCCUACGGUUACCCCCUGCAAGACCACCAGUUCACUGCCUUCCCACAGGAGGCCGCCUCAAUAUCACAACAACCACAACAACAUGCUCAUCGAAGUAGCGGCCCCUCGAACCCUGCCUCCAUAGCACCCCCGCUGUCAACUGGACAGCCUCCAACGUUCAGAGGCAGAGGGGUCGUCCAGCGUCACGGCCACGUCGCCGGGGACGGCAUGAUGACUCCCCCCGCCAGCGAAAAGGCCGUGGCCGGUGAGCGGGACCACCUCAACUCGGCCGACGAGAUGCUUUACAUGCAAAUCUUCGUCCAAGAAGUAGCCGUGUGGAUGGACGCCCUCGACAAGGGGAAGCACUUCAGCCGCCUGAUCCCUUACCUCUCGCUCAAAUCACCCAUGCUCCUCAACGCCCUGCUGGCCUGCGGCGUCAAGCACCUGGCGCUUACCCACCCAGACGUCCAGCACGACAAGGUCUUGCACUACUACUACGACACCGCCACCACCCAGCUGCUCCGCAGCCUGCAGAACCCGGACCGGAACACGGCCGAAUGCGCCACCACCGCCGUCGUGCUCAAUGCCUACGAGAUCAUGUCCGAGAAACCGGGCCAGGCUGUUUGUAUGAACCACAUCACCGGCGCCCGCGCUCUCAUACGGGAAUGCGGCUGGGACGCACGCUCGACCGGGAUGGGCGCCGCCUGCUUUUGGCUCGACGUCGGCAUGGAAGUCCUCAGCUGCCUGGCCUUUGAUUGGCAGACCUCAUGGGACCCAGACCACUGGGGUCUCGACGUGGAUGUGGGUGUGGAUUUCUCUGCCUUCCCGGACACACAACGCGAGCUUAAUGGCGCGGUGGCGGCGACAGCGGAAACGGGGGCGUCCGGGCAAGAGGAGGAAUGGGCCCAACGCAUCUUCUACAUCGUCGCCAAGGUCGCCAACUUCCGGGCUGCCACGCCCAAGUUCCCCGAAGGGAAUCCGCAUGAUGAGCAGGUCCGUGUCACCAACAGACUCCGUCAGUGGCAUGAGCUCAAGAGACUGUGCGAUAGGUGGAACACCAGCUGCCCUCGCACCAUGCGCCCGUUUGGCUAUCUCUACCCGUCGCAGUCCGAGCCUAGAUCAUCCUUCCCCCAUAUCUGGCUGAUAAACCCCGUCGCCGUCAUUGGCCGCCUCGUUUACCACACCGCCCAGUGUCUUCUGGCCCGGACGAACCCCGUGGAACCGGCCAGAGCGUCUGAGGAGAUGCGUGUACUGCAGCUCCACCAUGCCCAACAGGUGUGUGGGCUCGCGGCACACUGCCAGGACCGGGGCGUAGCGUCUGUGGCCACCCGGUGCAUGGCCGUGGCCGGACCCGUGUUGACAAACCCACGGGAGCAAGAAGAGGUCAUUGACAUUCUGGAACGAAUUCACAAGGCGAGCGGCUGGGACCCGGGGACCGUCACGGCCGAACUCGAGCGGGUAUGGGGGUGGACUGCAACUGCGACGACGACGACGGCGGCGGCGGCGACGAGGGCAAGGACGACAGCAGCAGACCCCAUAAUCGACCGCGGACUGGGAGGACCGAACCAACCGUGUCAGAACUGGUAUGGGCCGCCGAAUCGCCCCAACCCGUUUUCCUCGCAGGAUAUUCUUUGA